AUGGAGGAAGCGGAAGAGAAGUCAGCAAGUGAUCGCGAUUCGUCGUACGUGGUGCAGCGGGGGGACACGCUGGCCGGGGUAGCGCUGAGGCUCGGCGUGAAGCAGUCGGAGCUGAAGCGCGCGAACAGCAUGUUCGGGAGUCGAACUCUGGUCGCGGGACAGGUGUUGAAGACAAGGGGACCGGUCAAAUCCGCCAGCAAAGAAAAAAUAGUCUACCCCGUCCCCGCCGAGCCGUUGCCGGCCGCUCAACGAAAAUCGGGAUCCGUGUCGGAAGCAGGGGCUGGAGCGGCGGCGGCGUCUGCGUUUGCGGUGGCCGUGACCGCGACGAUGACCACGCCGGGAAUAGCGCCGGCGGCAGCGGCAGCGGCAGAAGAAGACGGCAUCCUCGUCGAGCCGCCAGAAGAAGAGGUCUGGUUCGAGGACAGCCGGGGCGGCCACGCGGGAGGCGCCGCCGAUGGCACCGUCGCGGCGUCGUCGUCAUCUUUGAUGGCCCCCGUUGAGGAAGCCAUGGUGCGAUCGGCUGUGCCGGGCGAGCUCUUGUACGAGCCACCGCACUGGGGGGGUGCCGGCGGCGGCGGCGGCGGCGGCGGCGGGGGCGGCGCCGCGAGCCGCUCCCGGCAGGGUUCCGACGCAUCGACCUCGGCGGCGGCUUCGGUCCGGGGAAUGUUCAACUACAUUCGGUCGAAGGCUGCGGCCGUCGUCACAACGCCCACGGCGAGCGAUGCCGGCGGCGGCGGCGGCGGCGGCGAUAGCUUCUUCGCGAGCAGCGGCGGCGGUAAAAUCUCCCGACGUAACUCCAGACAAUCGAACGGGGGCGGCGACACCGGGUCACACUACGCGAGCAGCGGCGGCGGUUGCUCGAUGCCGUCGACGCCCGGAUUUCCUUCGGUCGACGAGGGGCUAGCCCCCGCCGGCCUGCCGCCCGCGGAGAUGUGGGCGGGCACGCGCGAAGACCCGGGGAACGCGGCAGCCUUUGCCGCGGCGCAAUCGGCGGCGCGGGACGUGUCCGAGGUGGCGCAGUCGACCGCGCAGGCCUUCCUGUCCAUGGUGAAGCCGAGCUACUGGAGAUCGGACUCGGAGGGGGGAGGGGGCCCUGCGGGCGAGUCCCCGGUUGGGUUCGGCGAUGGUCGGAGAGGGGAGCGGGGAGGUAGCGAUCGGUGGGUUAGCGUGCCUGGCGGUGCUGGGUCCUUCGAGGAAACGGCUUCCAGUGGGCCGAUCCUUCACUCUCUAGCGGACGAUGCGAGCUUGUUCCCAGGGGACCCCGGUGUACGGCCAUCACCGCCGCCGGCAGAGGCACCCUUGCAACUCCCGGGGUUGGUGUGUGGGGGGAGCACGAUCGUGACGCACACCACGUUGGCGCGGAUGGAGGCUGCGCAGCCGAAGCACCACAGGGGCUACAACUGGUACCUCUUGUACAGCACCUUUAGAGACGGGGCAAGCUACACGACCUUGUACAACCGCAUCCAGGGGGAGGAACCGACGUUUCUCAUCGUGGAGAGCAUGAGGGGGGAGGUUUUCGGGGGGUUCGCGACAUCGGCGUGGUCCUCGGGUUGUCAGUACUACGGCACGGGGGAGUGCUUCCUGUUCAAGAUGGAAGGAGAACGUGUAACCGUCGAGAGCGAAGAGGAACAAACCGAGAACGAUUCCGAUGACCGUUCCGCCGACGGCCGAACCGGCAGCAGUGAAACCGUCGCGGCAUCGAAAACCCUGCUGGAAGGAGAUUUGACUGCUUUCGGCUGGACGGGGAUGAACAUGUACCUCCAGUACAGCGACGGCAAGGGGAUCGCGAUGGGCGGGGGCGGCGCGGACGGCAGCUUUGGCCUCUUCAUCGGGGAAGAUUUCCUUACCGGCAGCACGGGAAAAUGCGACACGUACGGGAACCCGCCGCUCUGCUCUCAAGAGCAGUUCCAGGUUUCGCAAGUGGAGGUUUGGGGCUUCACGACUGCCGACACAGAGAUGGGUGCGAGGUUAGAGCGCUUACGAAAGACGCUGAGGGGUAAAACAACCCGGCCCUUGUGACGGACGCGAAGACUAGCACGUUUCCCUCUUUGGUUUUGGAGGCUUUUAGGUCGGGGAUAUUUCACGCGUUGAUUGGCCUUGGCGCAUUUCCCCGCCGCGGCCGUACCCCCAAUUUUGUCUCCCCUCUCCUUUGAUUCGUAGAUGUAAUUAUAUGCCGCGGGUCCGUAGAGUGUACAAGUACGUGUGUGGGACGAAGAGCCAGGCAGCUGUAUUAAGGGCAGGCUUGUUUGCCUGCCUGCCUGACCUUUGCUUCCACACGACCUGCCGCUCGUGUUGCGAUGAUCAUGUUUUUGUGUUUUGAACGCUUCUUCUCGUGUGUUCAGCAGUUGAUUUUUUUCUUGUGUCGUCGACGUAUCUUGCCUAUCGUAGCAAGUUGUGUUCAACGGGCGGUAAGGAUGCUUUCGCUCUCGUAUUUAUAGUUUUUCUUCUGUUGUCAGCUUUGACAAGCACGUGCGUCAUGAUAUGCCGCUGGUUAUGUGGAAGGGCCAAGCGCAGCUUGUGCAGCUUAGGCAGCAAGUCAACGAAGGCGAGGGUCACUCCGGUUUUACUGCGGUACGGACCAGAAUCGCACUUGGGCCGUCGCGUAUCUCGCUUGUUUUCGUUUUGUCAGAGACCGCCAAGCUUUCUUGGACUUGGAAAUACAACGGUUCGUUGUGUUGACUGUAAAUUCCCGGACGUUACAGACGCACCCACCGCAAAGGAAGAUCACGUGCCCAUCAACUCGAUUCAGUGUUUCAACCGCUGCAAACACCGCCACCGGCCACCAUGAGAACCUCGAGUUCUGCUAGAGGCAUACCAUGACGUUCCGACGCAACACGCGACAACAUGUGUUCAAUAUUGCAAAUUGGUUUC